GUGUUGUUUGUUUGCUAUCUGUGCACUAAUUGAAUGUCAUAGUCUUGCAGUACAUGUAGUCCUACCAGUAGGGAUGCAGUCAAUUAACUUUUUGUUGAAAACAAAACUGCCUAUCUAACUUACCAUGAAUUUCCUGGUGUAAAUGAAAGGGUGUCCACCCGAGCUCUCAAUUUUGGGGAAAAUUUGACCCAUUUUGGGGAAGCCUCCAUAAUAAACUUUGGGGAAAUGGCACAAACGCCCCAGAUUUCCACAGACUUGGGACGUACUUGCAAAGAAUUUACGAGGACACUCCAAAAAAGUUCAUAAGCCGAGAACAAAUUACUUGUCAGCUGACUAUCGACUUUCCCAUCGAAUCAUCAACGAGUGGAAUUCACUACCUCAGCACGUGGUUGAGGCUCCAUCCGUCGACUCUUUCAAAAGAAAGUUGGAUCAACUGAGAGACCAUCAGUGCCAGGACUAACAUAGGCCACCGAGCCUCCUGUCCUUCCCAAACUGUAACUGUAUCUGGAGCGGUUAACCACAUCAGAUACUAAUAUUGACAUAAAAUGUUUUUGAUGGAAAUUCAAAAUGCUAAUGGGUCCUUGAGGAUUAUUUUCAUCUGAGCGCAUAGUAUUAUUUACCUGAGCACAAGUUUCUUUUAUAGUCUAGAUAGCUUGUACUCUUUUCAGUGAAUGAUCAGUUACAAAAUGCUGAUAUAAUUGUUUUUUAUUUCUAUGCGGUACAGAUCAAGUAUGGUCCGAUAUUGGAAGCAUCGUGGUGCGAAAAUACUCAAAAACAUAGAACCGCAUAUCCAGAAAUAUUUUCCUUAUCACAAGCCUGAGCUUGGUGGUACUUCCCCUCAGCAUGCUAGUAUAACGGGGAAAAAAGCAAAAGUACCUUUCGAUUAUGCGAUUGGGCAGAUAGUGCCGUUUUCACAAAGCUUAACAUCAUCAUUCCCAAAUAUUGUUAAGGUCCGCUUGCACAAGCUCUGCUUGAAUCGUUUCCUGAUGAAGUAUUUUUAUCAAACAGCAACAUACUGGGUUCAUACACAAGGCUCUUCGGUCAACAUUGGAGAUAUCGUGCUUAUUGAAAAGGCUGACCCACCAAUGGCAUUCAAUACCAUGUACAAACUAAAGAAAGUCGAGUUCCCGGUUGGUAAUCUGAUUGAUCCUGUCACAGGACUACAAUCCGAAGGUCCCGAGUAUUCCAUUGAAGCACUGAGGUCUAUUCUGAAUCAAGAGAACAAUACAUUGAAAAGUGUUGAAAACUAAAUGCAUUUCUACUUUAUUUUGAGAUAAAUAUUUGCUUUUUUUCAAU